AUGGAAGACAAACCGCAUAACGGUAAACCUAUUACUAUGAUGGAAGUAUCACCAAAUGCAAAGUACAUUGUUACUUAUAGUGAAGAAGACCAAACAAUUGUCUGGUGGGAUGCUGGUAUAGAAAAAGGCAAGCUUGAGCCAAUUAAACCUGCUGAGAGAGAGCAAUUUCACAUUUUACGCAUUGAAGACGAAGAGGAAAAAAUUGUUCAAAUGUGUAUUUCUGAUAAUAAGGAGCUAGUAUACAGUAAACUUGAAUAUGGUUCAUAUAUUUAUUAUGAUAGUAAAAUUGACAUACACAAAUAUUUAAAAUUUAUUUUAUAUGGCAAAAUUGACCAUCCAAGUAGGUCAAAUAUUAUUUGGAUUUAUUCAACUCAGACUAAAAGUAACAAAUGGAUAUGUCAAAAUGUUUAUGAAGUCCCUAAAGAAGCGGAGCUAGUAAGCAUAUCUAAAUAUGAUAAAAUUUGGCUACGUAUCAAUAGCCGCAUAUAUGAAUGGGAUAUCGUUACUGAGGAAUAUAUCCCCGAGUAUUUGUCGAACAUACCAAUUUUAUUUCAUGAAUUUCAUAUGUUUGUAAUUAUGGAAGGGCAUGUUUGGAAAAUUAAAUUUGACGAGUUGAAAUUUGACGAGUUAAAAUUUGAUAUUAAUUUUUUAUUAGAGGAAAAUACCGAUGAUUAUUAUAAUGAUGAAUUUACGGAAGGUUGGAAAGCAUAUUUCGGAAAUGAAGCAGAUAGUGAAUAUCCUUUCAUUCCAGAUUUGAAUAUUAAUACAUCCAAAUUAUUUAAACAAGUACCUGAAAAAUAUAAUUUAGGGAAUAUUCGAUUAGAAAUUUAUAUCGGAAUACGUGUUUAUAAAAAAAGUAAUGAAUGGGAUUUAAUUUAUAUCGGCAUUUUUAUUUUUCAUUUAAAUACACAUUAUCAGUUGAUAUUGGAUCAUUUUCAACAUAUUAUCAGAUAUGUUAAUAAAAAAUAUGUCGGUAUGGAUGAUGAAAAUUUUCCAAUUGAAGGAUGGAUUUCAUACGUAAAGAAUGAUAAAAAAAGAUUUUUAAAAUAUGGUGUUGAGUUCUUAAAGUUUAACAUUAAGAAACAUGAUUUAAAAUUAAUAAAAUGUUUAAAUUAUUUUAAGGAUUAUUUAGAAAGCAAUAAGCUGUUUUUAAGCAUUAUUACUACUAAUAUGCCAUUAUUGUCGAAAUAUUAUCCCGAAUAUAUUACGAGAUAUUCAUUGGAUACAAACAUGAUAAUAGAUUCACCUGAUUAUAAAAUAGAAUAUAUUAUCACUUCACAACUUUUUCCAUUUUCGUGGUUAUCUGAAGUUUUCAGUAAUAUUCAAUUUUGUUUUUAUCCACAUGACGAUAUUUGGUGGGUGGAAUUAAUUAGCCCCCAGCCUAGUCCAUUUGUAGAAACAAUUACUGAAAAUAUAUAUAAGACAUGGAAUGGAGAAGCAUUAAUUAAUUUCAAGUGGAAUUCAUAUGGAAAACUUUAUUAUUCAAUGAUUUGGAUGGGAUUUAUUGCCUUGCUUGGAUGUUUUAGUAUCGCCGCAACAUCUGAAUCGAAAGAUGGCAGAAAUAUACUUUUAAUUGCUUCUGCUAUUCUUGGAUUUAUUCACUUAACUUUUGAAAUUCGUCAAUUUAUUUAUAAUCCUAUUAGGUGGAUUCAUGAUUAUUGGAAUAUAUUUGAUAUAACAGCAUACUUUCUUACAAUAUAUGCCUCAAUUUCUUGGCUUAAAACAGAUUAUAGAAAUGUCCCUUUACUUUCUUUUACAUGUCAAUUUCUAGAUUUUAAAUUUUUACUGUUUUUUAGAGCAUUUGAGUAUUUUGGCGUUUAUUUUGCAAUUAUUAUUGGUGUUGCAAAACGAAUAAUCUCAUUCCUGAUGGUCUUAUUGAUCAUUUUAAUUAGUUUUGCGCAUGCAUUCUAUAUUUUAUUGUCUUUGGAUGAUCCUUGGGAAAUUACUACUUCUUAUACUGAUAAUUAUGGUAAUCCAUAUCUUAUUCAAAAACCAGAUGAAAAUACAAACAUGUUCAGUCAAUAUAAAACUGCGCUUUUUGCAAUGUUUUUAUUUCUGACAGGUGAUUCGAGUGCUCUAACACAUUGGCCAUAUAAAGAGAAUUCAACACUUGUUGUAUUAAUGGCGAAGGUUUUGGCAGAAAUUGAGUUGUUUUACUUAUUGCCAAAUCAGAGACGGUGGAAAUCAUGGUUUCCUGAUGUGAUAUAUUAUUAUGCUGAUGUUAAAGAAACGCAUAGAAAGGUUAAUGAGUUAAUAAAAGAUGGUGAAUGGAAAGCAGAUGAAUUUCCGGAGAUGAAGAAUAAUUUAUUAAAAUUAUUGAAUAUCCAUAAUCCUGAAUAUAUUUAA